AUGGAGAAUGCUAAAUUAAUCAAAGACCAGUCAGGUGUAUUACAGGAAAGAAACAAAAAUAAUGCUACUUCUAAAUCAGCUAGCAUUACAUAUGCAAAGCCUGCUGCUGUCUGUGGGAUGCAUGCAGAUGUGGAAAAAGAAAUAGAAGAUUGGCAGUAUACUGGUAGUACACGUUUGCAACGCUUUGCUAAAAAUGAAAAUGACGUAAAAUCCAUGGAGACCAAGAGACGUCCUAGGAUUUCUACACAGAUCGAUGCUAAUAGCGGUGGUUGUGGCAGUGGCUGUAGUAGUGGUGAUGUUGGUUGUGGUGGUGGUGGUGGAGGUAAUGAGAGGGGCGACGAUGGCGACGACAGUGGCGGCAGUGGCGGUAAUGGUAUUAGCGGCAAUGGUGGUGCAGGUAGGGGUGGUGUUGGUAAAGGUGGUGGGUGUGGUGCUGGUGGUGCUAGUGGCGGCAUUUGUGAUAACGGUAUCGGUAACAACACUAGAAGUAGUGGUAUUGGUGGCAUAAGUGGUGGUGACGGUAAGGCUGCUUGUGGAGGUACGAGUACUUGUGGCAGUGGUAGCUGCGGUGCUGGUGGCGACGGUGGUGCUAGUUUAUAA